AGCAGAGUGCUUUUGCAGCCUGUGCGGCUCCUGAGGAAGGAGGUGUGCGGCUUUUUCCCCCCUCCUUUUUAUUUUUAAUUUUUUUUUUCUUUUCUCCGGAGCGGACCUUUCGGAGGAGCAGCUGCAGCAGCCGCGGCCACGCCGGGACCGAGCAGGGAGAAUGGCCGGGGGGCGUCUCCCGGGGCUGCUUUUCAUCCUCCACGCCGCGGCUCGCUUGGCCGCCGAGCAAGAAGUUGAAAACCUCUCCGGGCUCUCCCCUAACCCCGAGAAGGACAUCUUCGUGGUGCGGGAAAACCGGACGACGUGUCUCAUGGCCGAAUUCGCCGCCAAGUUCAUCGUCCCCUACGACGUGUGGGCCAGCAAUUAUGUGGAUCUGAUCACGGAGCAAGCCGAUAUCCCGCUGUCGCGGGGCGCCGAGAUGAAGGGCAAGUGCGGCACGAACGAGUCGGAGCUGGAGCUCUCGUGGCUGGACCAAGCGUACACCCUCAAACUCUCCUUCCUGAAGGAGGGGCACAACACGUCCCGGGGCCCCGAGGCGUCCUGGAAGCUCAGCCGGAUCCAGUUCACCUACGACACCUCCGAGCGCACCUACUUCAAGGAUGCCGUCAGCCCCGGGAAGCACACGGCCAGCUCGCACCGGCUCUCGGCCCUGGUGACCCCUGCCGGGCGGUCCUACGAGUGCCAGGCGCAACAGACCAUCUCCCUCGUCUCCAGCGACCACCAGAAGUCCGUGCAGCUCCUGCUGUCGGAAGUGCGGCUCCAGCCCUUCGACAUCCCCGCGGAUUUUGUCUUCAGUGAAGAGCACAAGUGCCCGGUGGACCAGCAGGAGCAGCUGGAGGAAACGCUGCCCCUGAUCCUGGGGCUGAUCCUGGGGCUGGUGAUCGUGGUGACCCUGGGCAUCUACCACAUCCACCACAAGCUGACAGCCAGCCAGGUGCAGAUCCCUCGGGACAGGUCUCAGUACAAACACAUGGGGUAGGAGCAGCACCGAGCAGCCUGGGCACUGAUCAGGUAGAAAAAGCAAAAGCACUUUUUUCUGUGGGUGAGGAAAGGUUCUGGGGGUAAGGGAUGGUAUUCACAGCACCUAAUCCUGGGUAUUUCAUGGAGACACCCAGGCUAAGGCUUGGCUUUAACACAGCCUCUGUAAGGAGAGUCAGUGUCUGAGGUGUCUGUAGGUGGUUUGAAUACCUCCUUUAAGCAGCUGGGCUGAUCAUCUGGAAACAGAAAUGCUUCACAUGUCAGAGUUUCACACUGGGAGCACAAUUAGCUUUCUUGUUUUGUUCCUUUUUUCCCAUCCCAAGAGAUUCUUACCUCCCCUGUGUCACCUUUGGAGCAUUCAGCCCUCCACGUUCCUGUCCAUGCAGGAAGCAGGGCUGGGAGACAGAGCCAUUGCACAGGGCUCAUUCAGGCCCUCCGAUGAUGGGACUCAAACCACAUCCCCAAGUUUGCACUCAUGUUAAGGAAAGCAUGGAGGCAAAUGCAGGUGUGCUUUGGGAAAAAAAAA